AUGGGCAGGCAACCUUGUUGUGACAAACUUGAGGUAAAAAAGGGGCCAUGGACGGCGGAGGAAGACAAGAAACUCAUUAGUUUUAUACUCAGCAACGGCCCAUGUUGUUGGCGGGCUGUGCCAAAGCUGGCGGGGCUGCGGAGGUGCGGCAAGAGUUGCCGGCUGCGGUGGACCAAUUAUCUCCGCCCUGAUUUGAAGAGAGGCCUUCUUAAUGAAGCUGAGGAGCAAUUGGUUGUUGAUCUUCAUGCCAGUCUUGGCAACAGGUGGUCGAAAAUUGCUGCAAGAUUACCUGGAAGAACAGACAAUGAGAUUAAAAAUCAUUGGAAUACUCAUAUCAAGAAAAAGCUUCUGAACAUGGGAAUUGAUCCUGUUACACACGAACCCCUUCGCAAGAAAACUGAAACUCCAUCUGCUAAAGAUAAUUUGGCUGAUUUUGUUAAACAUCUGCCCGUGUUACCAGAAACCAAUGGCUCUGAUGAGAACUCGUGCUCGUCGAAUGAAAAGUGUGAUAGCAAUAUGUUUAAAAAUGAUCCAUUAAUAAGCAGCCUACUGGUAGAUGAUCCUGAUAUUCAUCAAGUAGAUGUCCCUUGGGAAUUCCCAUCUGGUGAACAGAUCUUCGACAGUGUUCCAUGGGACGAUAACAUCUCGUCGCUGUUGGAUUUUCAAGGUUUUGACUGUUUCGGUGACGUUGAAAUGAAUUCUUCCAACUUGUUAGAGCUGCGACAUGAACAGUGA